AUGGCUUUGGUAAGCUUACUUGAAGUAUCAAUUUCUUUCAUUUGUUUCUCCUUCCUCUAUGGAUAUUUCUUGAUUAGCAAGAAACGUCACCGUUCGUUUCCCACGAACUGGCCCUUCCUUGGUAUGCUUCCGGGUCUACUCGUAGAGAUCCAUCAUGUUUACGACUAUAUAACCGAGGUUCUCGAGACCUCAAACUUGACUUUUCGUUUCAAAGGCCCAUGUUUUGGGGGUCUCGACAUGUUGAUCACCGUUGAUCCCGCUAAUAUUCAUCACAUCAUGAGCUCAAACUUCGCGAAUUACCCGAAAGGAUCAGAGUUCAAGAAGAUAUUCGAUGUUUUGGGAGAUGGCAUUUUCAACGCAGAUUCUGAGUUAUGGAAGGAUCUCAGAAAAUCAGCUGAAAGCAUGAUGAGUCAUCAGGAGUUCCAAAGGUUUACACUACGAACAGUCAUGAGUAAGCUAGAAAAAGGGCUUGUCCCAAUUCUUGAUCACGUGGCUGAGAAGAAACUAGUCGUCGAUUUACAAGAUUUGUUCCAAAGGUUCACCUUCGACACCACCUUUGUUUUAGCGACCGGGGUUGAUCCAGGCUGUCUCUCGAUUGAAAUGCCGGAAAUCGAAUUUGCUAGAGCUUUGGACGAAGCAGAAGAAGCAAUUUUCUUCAGGCAUAUCAAGCCGGAGAUGGUUUGGAAGAUGCAAAGGUUUAUUGGGGUUGGAGAUGAGUUGAAGAUGAAAGUAGCUCACUCGACUUUUGAUCGAGUUUGCUCCAAGUGCAUAACUUCCAAGAGAGAUGAAAUAACCAGGGGCGUUAUUAGCAUCGACUCUUCUUCUUCUAAGGAUUUGCUGAUGUCUUACAUGCAUGUGGACAGCACCAAAUACAAGUUGUUAAAUGCGAGUGAUGACAAAUUCCUUAGAGACAUGAUCUUAAGCUUCAUGUUAGCAGGUAGAGACAGCACAGGAUCUGCUCUCACUUGGUUUUUCUGGCUUCUCUCCAAGUACCCACAUGCAAUGACAAAGAUUCGUCAGGAAAUCAACGCAAAAUUAUCUCCAAGAACCAAGAAUGAUUCUGAUUUUGAUUCAUUCAUUCCCCAGGAGCUAAACAAAUUGGUGUAUUUACAUGGCGCGCUGUGUGAAGCCCUCAGGCUAUAUCCACCGGUUCCAUUUCAGCACAAAUCUCCUACAAAACCGGAUGUUCUUCCGAGCGGACACAAAGUCGAUGCAAGAUCCAAGGUUGUGUUCUGUCUUUACUCACUAGGGAGAAUAAAGUCAGUUUGGGGAGAAGAUGCAUCCGAAUUCAAACCGGAGAGAUGGAUUUCGGAAAGUGGGAUGCUGAUACAUGUGCCAUCUUCUAAGUUUUUAACGUUCAACGCAGGUCCACGGACUUGUUUGGGGAAAGAAGUGGCUAUGACGCAGAUGAAGAUUGUGGCCGUGAAGAUCAUACAAAACUACGAGAUAAAAGUCGUUGAAGGACACAAGGUUGAGCCAGUCCCAUCUGUUAUUCUUCACAUGAAACAAGGUCUUAAAGUCAUGGUCAACAAGAGAUGUAAUUUACUCUGA